AUGGCUCGCGGCAUCAUCAAGCACUUGAAGCGCAUGUAUGCGCCAAAGCAUUGGAUGCUGGACAAGCUUCGUGGCCGAUGGGCACCGAAGCCUUCUGCCGGUCCUCACAAGCUCCGAGAGUGCAUGCCGCUGAUUGUGAUGCUGCGUCAGCGCCUGAAGUAUGCCUUGACCUACCGUGAGGUGAAGAUGAUUGUGAUGCAGAGGCUGAUCAAGGUUGACGGCAAGGUCCGCACGGACAUGUUCUACCCAGCCGGUUUCAUGGACAUGGUCCAGAUCGACAAGACCAAGGAGAACUUCCGGCUGCUGUACAACACCAAGGGCCGCUUCAACCUCCACAAGGUGGCGAAGGAAGAGGCCAGCUACAAGCUUUGCCGCGUCAAGCGGGUGACCCGAGGCCCGCGUGGCGUCCCGUAUGCACAGACCCACGACGGCCGCACCAUCCGGUAUCCAGAUCCGGACAUCAAGGCUCACGACACGAUCCGGCUGGAUUUGGAGAGCGGGAAGAUCCUGGACCACGUGAAGUUCGAGGUUGGCAACAUGGUGAUGAUCAGCGGUGGAAACAACAUCGGUCGAGUUGGAACCAUUACUCACCGUGAGAAGCACCCCGGCUCCUUCGAAAUUGUCCACAUCAAGGACGCUGCCGGUCACAGCUUCAACACGCGCCUGGAGAACGUCUUUCUCAUUGGCUCGGGCAACAAGCCGUGGAUCUCGCUGCCAAAGGGCAACGGCAUUAAGCUGAGCAUUGUCGAAGAUCGUGGCCAGAGGAUGA